CGAACAACGAUCAUUUCUCCGCCGAGGUUGUAAUCGCGUGCAUCGAUAUUAACGAGCAACUGUUGCCACUUGUAAAUUGAUAACUUAAACAUAGAAAAUCUUGUUAGUGAAACGGGAUUUAAGUGUAGUUUAGCAGACGAGUGACAAGUUUUAGGGUGAUUAAUUGAUAACAGGAGUACUUCGGAGUGUAUUGCAGUGUUUUUAGUGCAGUGCGCGUGGACUAAGUACCAUUGGAUUUUACUUUUUUACUUUAUCACGUCCGCAUGGAAGCCCGCAGGUGUUAGCAUGCUGACCUCAAAGGAAUUGCCAGAGUCGCCGAACCGGAAGUCCGCCUUCCACCCCGUGUCGCCGGUGGUCAAGUCGCCUUCGGAGCGCCUCGGGCCAGACCGGAAACGUGACAGCGGCUACGGAUCAGAUUUCUCGCCGGCCGCCGGGACCCCUAUACAACGGAAAUUCACGUUCGACGAACGGGAUGUUACAGCCUCGUUAACAAGCGGCUUUGGCGCGAUGAAUGUUGCCUCGGACGACGAAAAGCUUGAAUAUGACGAAGUUUUUGUGGAGUCCCGUAAUUUUGGUGUCAUAGAUGAGUGUGAUGAAUCGGACGAUACGGACAAAGAAGUCGAGGAACUAUUAUCAGAUACACCGGAUUGUCGCGUAUUCUCGAACCCUAUAGCGGCGUCGCGUCCAGUGGCGCCGGCACCGUCGCGUGAUUCCGACGGUGAGUGCAGCGACAGUGGGAUAGAAAACUCAGUGGACUUUAAUAUAGCAUCGCCGUUCUAUCACACUCAGUGGUCCCGUUUAGAUCGGAAGUCGUGCGGGCGGCCCUUCCGGCCGAUACUGAGUCGCAGUGUAGGGACGCAGACCCCUAGCCCCGUCUGUCACAUCGUGGAGGAGGCCUUCCGCGUGCCGGAACUAGUUGAAAUGACGAGAAACGGAAAUAGAGGUCAAUCAGGGUUACGUCAACGCUUUCAGUCGGAGUGCUUCUCGCCGCUUCCGGAUGUCGUUCCGACGUCACGCGACCGCGCGCGCUCACUUCCGGAUGUCGAGUCACUCCGCGUGCAUCAGACUCAGGAAAAGACCGUGGGCAGUGAGCUCCGAAGGAUCAGCGACGACUUCCACAUGGCACGCUGCCGGCGUCGGAACCAAGGCUACUGGGCGUCACUGCGGCGUUACGUCUCCAGCAGUCCGAUAUUUCGUCACAUCCGGCCCGAUGAUUCAUGACGUCUUAAUCAAUUUAAUCCGGUCUUCUUAUGCGCUUCAAAGCGACACUACGCAGCGUGCGUCAAGUGAUGACGUCAUUAUGUGACGCAAUCGUAGGACGUCAUAGUUACGUUGAAAAGGCUACUUUGUAGCGUCGCGUCCACACAUGUUGACAUCAGGGACGAGAUUGACUUGGCCGUUUUGCAGACGACAAUGACGAUAUAUUUAACGUCAGAUUUUUUAACAACUUUGCUUAUGUUCCGUCUAAAGCCGACAUGUUAUGUUAACAUGAAGUAUUAUAAUCGCGCUUGUUUGAUAUUAGUUGUGUUUUUGUACUAUUUUGAGACGUACGUGUUUGGCGACCAAUCAUGAUGGAAUAUGACAUUUCAAAGAAUUAAUUAUCACGAACAUGUUAAAUUGUUUAUAUUAAGACGAGUUCUUGGUACAAUACUACUCAUGAGAACUUUUUGAUUGGUUUCGGACCAAUAUUUUACAUUUAAAGCAUAAUAUUACAAAGUUGUCAAUAUAUUUUUUACAUAAAAAUGCUGUGGCCAGAUUAUGUUAUCGAUAUUUUGCUUUCGAGUGACAAAACCAAAUAGUGUGUAAAAAUAAAAUAAGAAAAACAAUAAUAGAUGAAUAAAACAUAUUUUUCAUUAAUUUGAUUAAAAACUGCAUUUGAAUUUUCUUGUAGUUAUCUUUGAUUGCUUUGCCAUUCGUAAUAUGCGGAGAAAGCAAACACAAAUUUGAAUUGGGGCUGCCUAUUUAAAACCUCCUUACCUAGUCAACAGUCCAUUGAGCUCCUGGUUUAAAUCGUCUGUAUUAUCAAUGUAUCAUACAAGUAGCUUAGAAAGCAAACCCGUCAAGGUUUUGUGCUGUUAUAAAGUUUUCAAUUGAUCUCAUUGUUAAGUGCCCUUCUGUUAGAAGGAAAAUAAGUUUGUGUACAUGUGCUUUUUACUUUUAAAUUAUUUUUGCUCAUAUGUAUGUAUACUUUUUCUGUCAUUAUUUUUUUAUUUAUGGAUAAUUUUGCAAUUUCGAUGCCAGUUUUUUUUUAAGGUAAAUGAACAUAAAAAAAUAACUAUAACCAUUGUUUGUGUGCUCUGACACUUUAGAUUCAAUUGAAUGUAUAAUUUAAAUGAACACUUAAUAACUAACCAUAUCGUAUGCAUCUUAAUACAAAAUAUAUGUAGAAUACUUCUUUUUUUGGUUUUCCAAAUUGAAACUGAACUAGCGCAAUAUAAGAACAUGUUAAUUACUAGUACCUGUAAGUCGCCUGUUGUUGGACGAAGUGAAGUUACAUGUUUAUUAAGUUAAGCAAUCUGACAUUGGAAGAUGUCAUUUUUGUCAUUUAAAUUCCUUUUCUCAACUUGAUAUUAAUUUGAUUUUUUUCUUGUAGAGUUUAGAUUUUACAAAUUUUGUGUUCAUAAGCUUUUUUUUAAUUUUUUGCAUAAUCUCGGGCAAGUUUGGUGCAUUUCUUAUGUAGUUGCUCGCAUUGUCUAUGUUUGGUGCUCAAUUUCAAUGCUAAUCGCUCCAUAAAAUCUUUACGUCUGUUAUCACAAUCAAACACUGUUAAUUGAAUAUUAAAUAAUUAUUUAGUUUCCACUUAUUCUAUAUUGUCCUGACGGUUUUUGUGAAAAUUACAUAACUGCUUGUAGUUAAGUCAUGCAAACUGAAUGCAAUAAGGAUCGACAAUAACAAGAACAAGCAGCGCUAGAUGCAAGGAAAUGUUACACAGGUGUUUAUUAUGUAGGCAGAAACAGAUGGAUGUAGACAUCAUUUCAAAUGGAGCUGACAUUUGUUUUUUAUUUUGCAACACAUUUACAAGAGUGAAUUAUUUUGCCAGAAUAAACACUUUUUUGUAUUUUUUUUGCUGUAUUUGAGUUAAUGUUGAUGGACGAUUCGUAGAAGCAGGCUUAAUUAACAUUACACAAAGUGCUUUUUGUAAAAUCCAUUUGCAUAAUGUUUUUUUUUUCAAUCACUGUAUUUUACAUGUAUGUGCAAUGAAUGUAUUUUGAUGACAGUAUUCUGUUUCUUGUACAAAGUUAGGUUUGUAAUAUAAAAUAUUUCUUUUGUUAAGCGUAUUUCCUAAAUUAAAAUGAUGAUUAAAUCAACUCGGGGAUAAAUGUUGUACUUUUUGAAAAAUAAAUAAAAGCGAUUUAAAAAAAUAAAAGAGCUGUAAUAAACUGUA